GCUUUCAUUGUUCUCAUCCUCACUCUCCUUGGCAUGGUCAAGCACAUAAGCAAGCAUGCUAGAAAGUUCAUUCUGACCUUCUCUGUCCUCGUGUUCAUUGCUGACAUGUUCUCGACAUUGUUGUUCUUGAUGAUCAACAACUCUAUCUGUGACGACCUUUCGGAUGGAAUGUUUAUCUUCUGGGACUCAUUCAAGAACACCAAGCUGUGCAAUGACUUUAGAGGUCAUGCCCACUUCCCAGGCGUCACUCUCUACUGGAAGCCAUCUGACGGAUGGAUCUGCCAGAUGGUUGCCACCAUCAUCAGUUUCUUCUUGUUGCUCGUCGCCUCCAAGAUUGUACAUGCCAAGCGACAUGGAUACCAUGUCAUCCACUAG